AUGGCCAACCCUUUGAGCACUCUACUUCUUGUGGCUCUACUUUCUCUUUCAGCUGCUGCAGCAACAAGAACUAAGCUGCAACCAACCAACAAUGUGGAUGGUGGCAUUUGCAAAUCAUUGGUGGAGACACAAGGCUAUGCUUGCGAAGAACAUAAAGUAACAACAGCAGAUGGUUAUGUCCUUGGCUUGCAAAGGAUUCCAGCUGGUCGGUCCGGUAACAAGACAGCAGCUAAGCUGCCUGUUUUGUUACAACAUGGACUCCUUAUGGAUGCUUCAGCUUGGCUGCUCAAUGAGCCGGAUAAGGCUUUGGCAUUCAUCUUGGCAGAUAAGGGUUUUGAUGUAUGGCUUGCCAACGCUCGCGGGACAGAAUCUAGCCGCGGACACACAUCACUUAGCCCUAAUGAUCCGGCAUACUGGGACUGGUCAUGGGAUGAAUUGACUGCUUAUGAUCUUCCUGCUGCAUUCCAGUAUGUGAACAAUCAAACAGGACAGAAAUUACACUAUGUUGGUCAUUCCUUGGGAACUUUGACUGCCCUUGCCGCCUUCUCCCAAGAAAAGCUGUUAAACCUGCUAAGAUCAGCUGCUUUGCUUAGUCCAAUUGCUUAUCUUGGUCAGAUAUCGCCGUUUGGAAGAACUGCUGCCGACAUAUUUUUAGCUCAAGUAACACAACUCGAUGAACUUUUAUUUUAUUUUGAAAUUAUGGGAUUCUUAGGACUGGCGUUGUUGGGUUCCCAGGCAUUUCCAAACGAGCAGGUGAACCGACUUUUGGAUUUUAUCUGCACAAGACCAGGCAUUGACUGCUCCAACUUUCUAUCAGUUACAACAGGCCCAAAUUGCUGCCUCAGUUCUUCAAGCAUUGAUGCUCUUUUUAAGCAUACGCCACAGACCACUUCGACAAAGAAUGCUCUACAUCUCUUUCAGAUGGUCAGAAAGGGCACCAUAGAAAUGUAUGAUUACGGUCUGCCAAUCACAAACAUGCAGCACUACAGGCAGCCUACUCCUCCUGUGUACAACAUGGCAAACAUUCCGAAAGAUGUUCCUCUAUUCCUCAGCUAUGGAGGGAGGGAUCUGCUUUCGAACGUGUUUGAUGUGAACCUUUUGCUGGACAACCUCAAAGAUCAUGACAAGGACAAGCUUGUGGUACAGUUCAGAGAGGAUUAUGCCCAUAUGGAUUUUAUUAUGGCUAUGAAUGCCAAUCAAGUUGUGUAUGAUCCUCUACUUUCCUUCUUUAGGCUCCAUUGA